GUAAUUUGCUACGUAAUUUAAAUACUGAGCAAUUAAAUUAAAUCAUGACUAACGUUAACACGGGUGAACUACUGAAUUUCCAAGAUUAUUCUCCGGAGCACAAUGACCGUAGUGCGCGAAUCGAAGUAGAAGCAGUUCACACAAAUCAAUACAAUAACAUGUCGACUCCAAAUUAUGGUUUUGAAGAGCCCAAAAAUGUUGAAGAACCUGAAGCGGUCCCUCAAAAAAACCAUAACUUUUGGACAAUAGAAUAUUAUCAGAAGUACUUUGAUGUUCACACUAAUGAGGUGGUGGAGAGGAUAAUAUCAUCAGUGUUGCCGCAGAAAGUAUCUCGCAAUUAUUUUGAUGAACGGAUUAAAGGGAAACCUGAUUUAUAUGGCCCUAUAUGGAUAUCUGUUACCUUGAUCUUCACAAUUGCAGUAAGCGGUAACAUAGCAAACUAUCUACAAAGCGCUAAUAAAGUGGUACACUGGCGCUAUGACUUCCACUUGGUCUCAUAUGCCGCGACUGCUAUAUUCUGUUACGUAUGGCUCGUGCCGUUGGCUUUAUGGGCCGCACUUAAAUGGACUACUCAGACUGAUGGACAUGACGAAAUUGAGACACAGCAAUCAACUUCACCGACAAUGAUGUCAUUAUUUUGUCUCUAUGGAUACUCUCUGUCAAUCUACAUCCCGGUGGCAAUCCUCUGGACUAUUCAGGUAUCCUGGCUGCAGUGGCUCUUUGUUCUCAUGGCAGCAUUCGUCUCGGGAGCUGUUCUCAUCUUCUGGUUGCUACCAGCGCUAAGAAAAUCAAAGUAUUUCCUCAUCCUAGUUGGUUCUAUAUUAGCGUUCCAUUUCCUUCUUGCCACUGGUUUCAUGUUGUAUUUCUUUCAUGUACCAGAUACAGAUGUAGCGGUUAAAGUGUCCACUACUACUGUUAAAGUUUAAGUUAAUUAUUUUUUUCAAUCCGAAACAGAUUCACUAAAAGUUGUAAUAAAUUACAAAAUAAUUCGUGUAAAAUAUUUUUC